GGCAGGCUGAGAGGGACUGGCCGCCCUCACAGCAAGAUGUACUGACGGGGGAGACAGCGUUAUCUGAGAUAAGCUGGUCGGCAUGCUGUGAACCGGGCUGGUGGAGCGAAUUUUAGUUUCUUUUUCAGGGAAGAGCGAAUGUCGCAGGCGGAUACUGUGGGGAAAUGAGUAACAGAAUGGAGGGUUCGGCGGGACCAGGUGUCAGGGCGAAUGGACCCAUCGCAGCGCCCAGCAGCCCGGUGAGCUCCCCCACAGGCCCACCUCUGUCCCCAGAAGAGCUGGAGGAAGAGCCACAGUCAACUCUGACAGAUGUCACUGAAAUGUGGAUUAAGUUCGGCAAGACUUUUGCCAUUAUCUUCCCGAUCUAUGUCUUGGGGUACUUUGAGUUCAGCUUUAGUUGGGUUCUGAUUGGACUCGCCAUGUUGUUCUAUUGGAGGAAAAACCAUGGCAAUAAAGACUACAGGAUAAACCGUGCCUUAGCAUUCCUGGAUUAUGAGGACAAAGUAGUGAAGCAAAGUGUGCCCACUUCAGAGCUGCCACCAUGGGUCCAUUACCCAGAUGUGGAGAGAGUGGAGUGGCUGAAUAAGACAGUGAAGCAGAUGUGGCCGUUUAUCUGCCAGUUUGUGGACAAACUGUUCAGAGAGACCAUCGAGCCAGCGGUGAAGAGUGCCAACCCUCAUCUCAGCACCUUCUGCUUCACCAAGAUUGACAUGGGCGACAAGCCGCUGAGAGUCAACGGGGUGAAAGUUUACACGGAGAAUGUGGACAAGAGACAGGUCAUCAUGGACCUGCAAGUCAGCUUUGUCGGAAAUACAGCAAUUGACGUGGACAUCAAGAAAUACUAUUGCAGAGCUGGAAUCAAAAGUAUACAGCUUCACGGAAUGAUGAGAGUGGUAAUGGAGCCUCUGCUGGGGGACAUGCCUCUGAUCGGAGCCCUGUCCGUCUUUUUCCUCAAGAAACCAUUGCUGGACAUCAAUUGGACAGGACUCACAAACAUGCUGGACAUUCCUGGUCUAAAUGGUUUGUGUGACAACAUUAUCCAGGACAUCAUCUACAACUUUGUGGUCCUCCCCAACCGCAUCACCAUCCCUCUGGUGGGAGAGGCCCAGCUGGCCCAGCUACGCUUCCCAAUACCCAAGGGUGUCCUGAGGAUCCACUUUAUCGAGGCCCAGGACCUGCUGGGUAAAGACAAGUUCCUAGGAGGGCUCAUCAAAGGCAAGUCAGACCCAUACGGAGUCAUCCAUGUUGGGACCCAGCUCUUCCAGAGCAAGGUCAUCCACGAGACCGUCCACCCGAAAUGGAAUGAAGUAUACGAGGCCUUGAUCUAUGAAAAUACAGCACAGAAUGUGGAGAUUGAGCUGUUUGAUGAAGACACUGACAAAGACGACUACCUGGGAAGUCUGUUGAUCGACGUGGCCGAGCUCCAGAAGGAACAGAAGGUCGAUGAGUGGUUUGUGAUGGAAGACGUGGCUACAGGGAAGCUGCACCUCAAACUGGAGUGGUUGUCUCUGCUGCCCACACCUGAGAAGAUGGACCAGGCACUAAUGAGCAUCAAAGCUGAUCGUGGUCAAGCCAAUGAUGGCCUGUCGUCUGCGCUGCUGGUCGUCUUCCUUGAUUCAGCCAGAAACCUGCCGAGCGUCUUCGAGGGGAACUUGGGCUCUGGCUACUUAAAAGAGAGGCGAGCGGCGGGCCUUGUGUUUUGCGAGAACACUGCCUCUCUCUAUAGGACCUUAUUUCGCAAUCCGUUAGAGUUCAACCAAGCGGGGCUGAAGAAGGCCUCGAUCAGUAAGGCCAUCAAGUCUGGCAAAAAAGUGACCAGCGAUCCCAGUCCGUUUGUCCAGUUCACAGUGGGACACAAGUCCUACGAGAGUAAGACAAGAUAUAAGACUAAUGAACCUGUGUGGGAGGAAUCCUUCACCUUCCUCAUCCAUAACCCCAAAUGUCAAGAGCUGGAGGUUGAGGUGAAGGAUGAGAAACACGAGUGUUCACUUGGGACGUUAACGCUGCCUCUGAGUCGCCUGCUGGAGGCCGAGGACAUGACGCUGAACCAGCGCUUUCCCCUGAGGAACUCCGGACCGAGCUGCACCCUCAAGAUGAAGAUGGCUCUGCGGGUGCUGUGCUUGGAUAAGAGCACUUCCUCAUCCUCAGACUCCACCCCAUCAUCCGUGCAAGUCCGCAAGAACAGCUCCAGCAACCAAACCCCUCGGCCCUCCGUCUCCUCUGGCUCCCCCGCAGCUCCCUCCUCCUCCACCUCCGACAUCCCCCGCUCUUCUUCCGUGUCAGCCCAGGACCUGCUAAACCGACGGAAGGAGGCGGAGGACCCCUUUAGGUCUCCUGGAAGCACAGACUUGGGGCAGGGCAGUGGAAGAGGAGGAAGUCAGGGCCUGGCGGAGACUGGGAGGAGCACCUCCAACCUGGCCAUCUCUGGUUCCCAGCAGUACCUUGCUGGAGGCAAGGAACCAACGCCCAGCAUCGCCUCAGAUAUCUCCAACCCCUACGCUGCUCAGGAGCUGCAGCAGAGACUUCAGCAGCUGCAGAAUGGUUCAGGCCCCAGUUAUUUCCCGCUAGGUGAGAUCCAGCUGACAGUCAGACACAGCUCCCAGAGGAACAAACUCAUUGUGGUCGUGCACGCCUGCAGAAACCUGAUAGCAUUCACAGAUCACGGCUCAGAUCCUUACGUUCGCCUCUACCUGCUUCCUGACAAACGGAGGUCGGGCAGGAGGAAAACUCACACGUUCAAGAAAACCCUCAAUCCAAUUUACGAUCAGACGUUUGAGUUCAGUGUUUCCCUCGUGGAGCUCCACAGGCGGACUCUGGAUGUCGCAGUGAAGAACAGUGGAGGUCUGCUCUCCAAACACAAAGGCCUUCUGGGAAAGGUACUGGUGGAGUUGACCCAUGAGGACAUCAGUAAGGGCUGGACACAAUGGUUUGAGCUGAGUGAAGACGGCCUGUCGAAGCCUCACCAACUCUAAACGGCAACGAGAGAAACCAUCAUCAUCACCAUAAUUAUUAUCAUCACUACCAUCAUAUCGCCACACUUCCACUUAAGUUGACAGUACGGCUUUUUGUUGUUGUUGUUUUUUAUCAUUACUUGUAAGUGUAUCAAAAGAAACAGAGAAGCAGCUUUUGACAUUCAUUUAAUCAUAUCAGUCGCAAGGCAAACCUCCCCUUUAAGAAGUGAAAGGCUGAUAGCCUAAAGGGAGUAUACAACAAGUAGAAUACUAUAUAUUAUACAAUGUACUGCUGUGGAAAUCUAUAUUCCGUAAUUAUAGGAGAAACUAUAACAGCUGUAGAGGAAGACAAUCUAUUUUUUUGCUGUUGCAGCAGUUUGAUAAAGAAAGACAAUGUACAAGUUUGUAAAUAUAAACGUGAUGAUGCUGGACAAAACAGACGCUGUGUUCUAGAGAUAAGAGAGGGGCGUCUCUUAUUUGGCCAAAUGAUUGUUUUUAUGUUAUUUGAUUACUUUUUUUUUUUUCAAUGAAAAACAUUCUGGACAAAGUUUCUGAAGCGGAGCAGACGGGCAGUCGCAGGGAAAGACGCCACCAAAGAGAACAGAAGUAUUUAAUUUUUUUGCCCUUUUGGGUUUUGGUAACACAGCUUUACCUUGGCUUUAUUCCACUGUAAGAAUUUGUGUAUUAACCACGUGAAAAGAACUGUAGGUACAAAAAUAUUGUGCCAACCCAUUUGUACCCAAAGACUGUGUUAAGUACGAUAAGAAAAAAAUCACUUUUGACUGAUUUUGAAAAAAGGAAAUUCCAAAUUUCAGUCUCCGGCACGAAUGUGAUGCAAAUAUGAGCUCUUUUAGUUCUUUUUCAUCUGUUAAUAUACCUGUUGUUAAACUGAAAUAAUGCCAUUGUUAGGUGUGACCUGUUUGUUUUUUAAAGUGAAUAUUUGCACAUCUGUGUGUUUGGGGAACAUUUUUAUGCUUAGGUGCAAUUUAAACAUUGCCUAAAUUCCUCUAGGAGAAAAAAAGUCUGUUUUAGUGAGUAAUUCUUAUCUUAAAUUUAACAGUUUUUAAAGGAAUAAUUUGACAUUUUGGCGUUAACAUUCUUAUAGAGAGUGUUAGAUGAGAAAAUAACACUCUUAUGUCUGUUAGUUAUAUAUGACAUUACAGGCAGGAGUUGGUUAGCUUAGCUUAGCACAAAGACUUGAAACAGGGAAACAGCUAGCCUCUAAAGCUCACUAUUGGUACAUUAUAUUUUAUUUGCUUAAAUCCAAACAAAACAAUAGUUUAACAUAUAAAUCAGUGAGCUUCAGAGGUGCAGGUACACAGUUUUUUUUUACUUUCAGACCAAGCAAAGCUAGCUGUUUCCACCUGUUUACAGUCUGUAUGCUCAGCUAAGCUAACUUGUUGCUGCUGGCUUUAUGUUAAACAGUGUCAUUGAUCUACUCAUCCAGCUGUUUCUAAGAAAAGGAAACUAGUAUGUUUGCUAAAAUGUUAAAGUAUUUCUCCAAGUCGAAUAAUGCAUUAACAUGAACCGUAUUUAAAAAUGAAGUGAUUAAUUUAUCACAUACAUUUUCUUCAUUCUAAAGCCACUAUGAAUAGAAGUGUCUGCACUGGCGCCCUCCAGUGGUAAAACCAAAAAAAAAAAGGCACUGUGACAACUAUACUUAAAAUUCUCAAAUUAAUUCAUAUUUUUUAAUUCAAUGGCAGACAGAACAAGACCUUUAUUUGGACCAUGCUUUUAUGUUUAACUUCCCCUGUUCCCAAGGUAACACAAACUUCCUCCUUGUUUAUCUGUCGUGUCGAAAAAUUUGGUUAAUAAUGUAUAUUUUCACAUUAAUAGCCGACAUAUCCUCACCUCUCUGAUGCUUUGAAGUUUUGUGUAGUUUAUCUCGAGCAAUGUUAAGCAACUGUCAAGAAAACUCAUCACUUCCUGGAAAGUUUUCAUAUUAAAAGUCUUUCAGUUUGCCUUUAUAACCAAUCUUUUUAUUUUAAACAAACAAACUAAAAAACAGGAAUAAAUUGAGUGAGUGAGGACAGUAUUUGUAAAAAAGGAAAAAGAAAGUGUGUGGAAAUGUUGAAUUCACCACGAGUUAUUUUUGUAUCCAGUCUUUAUUUGGCCGACCAGUAUUUACCAUUAUUACAUAAGAAUUAUCGGUUUACGCACCCGCACAAUCACUGAGAUAAAUUAUCUGAAAGCACCCCAAGGACCGCUCCAAUUUCUACAAACAAAAACUUAUAAGUAAUUUGAAAGAUGAUUUAUUCAGAAAAAAAAAAUUCUACAAAUAGUGGCUUUAAAAACUAAGAAAAUUUAACAUUUACAAAAAUUAGACAUUUGGAUUAAACGGGCUUUGUUGUUGGUUUUGUUGUGGCGUUCACUGCAGGGUGUUUGUCAUCGUUUCAGAGGUUGAUAUGCCGAUAAUUUCCGCUGCAAUCAUUCUAAGUUGUUGACAUUUUGUUAAUAAAUCAACAUUGGUCUUAAUGGUCAUGAAGUGUCAUUUUCAACAUGUUGUGUCUCAUAUGAACAAACUAUGCAUGGUCUAAAUCGAGACACACACUCUUGUUGAAAAUGACAUUUGUUUUGUUUUGUGUACAUACAAUUUUUUCACGCACAUCAUAUUUAACACUGCUUUGACUUUACAGCACUUGCUCGGAAGGGAUUUAUAUCAGUAACAAAUACAUCAUUCUCGCUAUCAAACACAAAUGAAUGCAUAUGUUAUCCAUGUGGCCCUUCAAAGCCAAAGAGCAGCGAUGUUGUGUUGAUACAAGGGAGGCAAAUGUGACCCUUGACCUUCAAAACACAGACUUUUGCCUUGUUGUGUGCAUAUCAAGAAAGUAUUUUACACAUAUGUAUGUUAACUGUGGCGUUCUGCAUUUUCUGUUUUUUAAUGUUGUUUUUUUUAUUUGUGUUUUGCAGCUUUCGCCCUCUUUGUCUUGUUCUGUGUUUUAUUUUGUAAGAAUCAAAAGAUUUGUGUGUAAGCCAUUGGAUUCGAGAGCUGUCCCUCUGUGGUGGACUUUGUCCUCUGAAAGGCGGUUUGUUUUCUCCGUCUACUUAAUUUAUCUUGUGCCUUAAAGAUUCACACAACCUGGUGAUAUUUCCAUGUAUAAAAAGAACCAACGAAAUGCUUCAGUAGUUUCCCAUGUUUCAGAAUGUCUCCGUAAUGUCUUUUAAAACAAAUAAAGAGCUUUAGCUGGUGAUAGCAGCAUGAAGCUGUACAGCAC